CCGGUCCUUUGUUCCCUCAUUCCAUCCGCCCUACCUUUGAGCAGCCUCGCGCGGCCCUUCUCCCGGGAAAAUGCGUCCCGACACCAAGAUCCCCGACUUCACGGUCGACUACAGCCCGGAGGCCUGGUUCGACUACACCGAUGAGGCUCUCCGUUACCUGGCCAGCGUGGUGUGCAGCGGGUCCACCGAGCACCCCGAGCAGGUGUCCGAGCGCUUUGAAGAGCUCCAGCGCACGGUGCCCGACAGUUCCCUGGCCUCCGACGCGGGGCCUGCGGCCCAGAUGACCGAGCUGCUAGGCUCCCUGUCUCUGCUGCAGAAGGACCUCUCGGCAAUGCCGACCGAGGGCCCGCCCUCGCCGCUGUCUCCCGGGUGGGUGGUCACCAGUCAUGCGGACGCCGAUGACGCCGGCGCCGAUGGCCCAGGCGGCGAGAUGGCCAUCCAGAAGAAAAAGAAGAAGAGCAAGCAGGCCACCCCCCCGGGCCCGGCCCCGCCGCCGAAGGAAAAGCGCACGGACCUAGAGCAGGCACCGCCCAAGCCGAAGGCGCCCUCGCCGCCAGACGCCGGGCAGCAGCCCGCCCCCGUGCCAGUCAUCUACCGGAAGUCUUUCGAGCAGCUCCUCAAGGACAAUUACAUGUGGGCGGCUUCCAUGCGCCGGGAUGAUCCGGCCUUCUUCAAUCGCCGUGGGCCGCAGAUGCCCAACUUCCUUUGGAUCGGCUGUUGUGAUAGCCGGUCGCCGGGCUCCACCGUGUCGGGCCAGCUGCCGGGAUCGGUCUUCGAAAUGCGGACCAUCGCCAACAUCUUCAACCCCAUGUGCCUGAGCACCAUGUCCAUCCUGGAGUACGCUGUCGAGGGGCUGCAUGUGGAAAACAUCAUCGUCUGCUGUCACACCAACUGCGGCGGGGUGCGGGCGGCCCUGCUGCGCUCGCGCCUGGGCGUGCUGGACUACUACACGGAGCCCAUCCGGAAUCAGCUGCGCCGCGAUGAGCAGGUCCUGGCCGCGGCCCGCUCCCAGGACCACAUCCAGCUCGAGGCCUACGCCGUCCUGUCGAAUGCCGUGGCCCAGGCCGUGGCCGUGGCCACCAGCGUCGUGGUCCAAAGGGCCUGGGAGGUAGGCCGGUCGCUGAGGAUCCACACCGUGAUCUACAAUCUCUCCUCCGGGCACUUGCUCCUUGGGCACCCGAGUUUCGAAAGCAACCACUGCCUGACCGAGGCCGUGUGCCAGAUGUCGCAUCUGGCCCGGCGUUGAGGUGGGACGCCGGCUGGAGGAGCCGCCAGUGCGCGCGAGGUCGCGGGAAUAAAAAUGGCGCAAACAGCCAAGGGGGCCUGGGCCGCGGCCGGAUUGUCCCGCGCUCCGGCCCCCGGUCUGGUAGACGGCACCCCUCCCCGGCCGGGCCCCGGCCGGGCCCCGGCCACCUCCGGCCACCCCCGGCCACCCCCGGCCACCUCCGGCCACCUCUGCCACUGUGUCGACCACGCUCGAGUUACGGGCCGGGGGCCCGAUCCAGAGGGCCAAUGCAUAGCCCACGAUCCGGAGUUGUGGGUUUCUCCGAGGUGCCCGUGAUCACAAAUAAUAACAUUCCAGAGGAGAAAUUCCA